AGCUUAAACGUAUCACUUCUCUGCAUAAAGCACCCAGUAUUUCUGGGAGUCGAGAGAGAUUCUAGCGAUGAAAACCAAACAGCAACUGCGAUUCCUCGCUACAAUUCUGUUCACGACGAUUCUAUUUGUGCUGGCGAAGACUGAUACUGAUCCGCUUGAAGUUUUGGCUCUUCAAGAUCUCUACAAGUCUCUGAGAAAUCCAGAGCAGCUGAGAGGAUGGAGAUUGGAGGGUGGAGAUCCAUGUGGAGAAGCCUGGAUCGGAGUUUCUUGUUCUGGUUCUUCUAUAGUAGACCUACAACUGCGAGAGUUAAAGCUUUUGGGAACCCUUGGAAACCAGCUUCAACAUCUCCACAAUUUGAAGAUUCUGGAUGUUAGCUUCAAUAACCUUGAAGGCGAAAUUCCGUUUGGCUUGCCUCCAAACGCUACUCAUAUAAACAUGGCUUACAAUAAUCUGACCCAAAGUAUCCCUUUUUCCUUACCUCUUUUGACAUCUCUCCAGUCUCUAAAUUUGAGCCAUAAUUCAUUAUCUGGACCUCUUGGAAAUGUGUUUUCUGGGUUACAGAUUAAAGAAAUGGAUCUGUCAUUCAAUAACCUGACGGGAGAUCUACCGAGCUCUUUUGGAACUCUAAUGAAUCUGACUUCACUGUACCUCCAGAACAACAGAUUAACAGGAUCAGUCAUCUAUCUCGCGGAUCUUCCUUUAGCUGACCUGAACAUCGAAGAUAACCAGUUCAGUGGUAUUAUCCCAAGUCAUUUUCAGUCCAUUCCUCAUCUGUGGAUUUGGGGAAACAAGUUCCAUGUAGAGCCCAACUAUAAACCUUGGAAGUUCCCUUUGGACGUCAGACCGUUGAUACAAAAUGCUACUGGCUAUCCAACAACAGAGUCAAGUGCCAUUAUGAACUUUCCCAGCCCUCAGAAGGUCAAAAGGAAGAAGAAAGGCAUAGGAGCAGGAAGUACCUUUUUACUGGUUGGUGGGUUAGCUUUGCUGGGAACUUUCUUUGCACUUUUCGCAGUCCGCAUGAAUCAUCGACGUGCACAAAACCUUGCUGCUAGUCACAUAAGCAACAAUAGCACAGUAUACUCUCUUCCAGUCAGUACAAGCCGAGAAUAUCCUGUUGCAACUGAAGAUAACCCACAGAUGCAAAGGGUCCAGCCCCCACCAGUUCCCCAGCUCAGACAUUUACCUUCUCCACCUGUCAGAAUCGAUAAAUCUGCAAGAAGAAAGAGCUUCUCUGCCACAUGUCAAUAUCCAUCGUUCGCUAAGCUUUUCUCAGCUGCAGAGCUUCAACUGGCAACUAACUGUUUCAGCGAGGAAAAUCUACUCGGAGAGGGUCCUCUUGGUUCUGUUUACAGAGCAAAGUUGCCUGAUGGUCAAUUUGCCGUCGUCAGAAACAUCCCAAUGUCUUCGCUGUCUUUACAUGAAGAGGAACAAUUUACUGAAGUACUUCAGACAGCCUCCAAACUAAGACACCCAAACAUUGUUACACUUCUCGGUUUCUGCAUUGAGAAUGGAGAGCAUCUUCUUGUCUAUGAGUAUGUUGGGCAUUUGUCGUUGUACAAUGCUAUGCAUGAUGAGGUAUACAAGCCACUUUCUUGGGGCUUGCGUCUCCGCAUUGCUAUUGGAGUUGCCCGAGCUCUGGACUAUUUGCACUCGUCGUUUUGCCCUCCUAUAGCCCAUAGCGAUCUGAAAGCAACAAACAUCUUACUUGACGAAGAACUUACACCUCGUAUUGCUGACUGUGGGCUUGCUAGUUUAAGGCCACUUACAAGCAACAGUGUUAAACUUCGGGCUUCAGAAAUAGCGAUACAAAACACUGGCUACAUAGCACCAGAACAUGGACAACCAGGAAGCAGUGGCACAAAGAGUGACACUUAUGCACUGGGAGUGCUACUCUUGGAACUAUUAACAGGAAGGAAAGCAUUUGACAGCUCACGUCCCCGAGGAGAACAGCUACUGGUGAAAUGGGCAUCAACCAGACUGCAUGACAGGCGAAGCUUAGAACAGAUGAUUGAUGGAGGCAUAGCCGGCACAUUCUCCUCAAGAGUCGCCUCACAAUACGCAGACAUAAUCUCCCUAUGCACUCAGGUAGAGAAGGAGUUCAGACCAGCGGUUUCAGAAAUAGUGGAAGCCCUCACUGCACUGAUACAGAAACAGAACAAGGAAGCAAGCAGUAGUGUAGCAGACAAGACCGACCCUUUUAGUAAAUCUUUCUGCUCAUCACGCACUCGCUUCAUCUCCUCUCCUACCUUCAGCUACCUCUCCUCUUGACCAUUUUCUGUAUCUCUUCUUCAUACACAUAUACUUUACUGUCAAAAGAAUAGUUCU